AGGGGCGCUAACGAAAAUAAAAAUAAACUUAUUUGCUGGUGCCUCUGUUCGACGCAAUUCGGACGUUAUAGUUAAUUGUUCACGCACGUCCAAGUCGAUCGGCUGCAGCAGGAAAAACCGGGAUGUUAUUCAUCGUACAAGUUGAUUUUGUCAAGUCAUCAGUGAUUUUUAAUUAUUUUCUCAUCCACACGUCACACCAAGAUUGAAGAUUAAUGAUCAGCCAUGCCUGGAAAAAUCAAAGUUAAGAUCCUGGCAGGCAGGAACCUGCCAGUGAUGGAUCGUUCAGCCGAUACCACGGAUGCAUACGUGGAGGUGAAAUUUGGCAAUACAACAUACAAGACUGACGUGUGCAGAAAAUCGCUGAAUCCUCAGUGGAAUUCCGAGUGGUACAAGUUUGAGGUUGAGGAUGCAGAGUUGCAGGAUGAGCCACUGCAGAUCAGACUAAUGGAUCAUGACACUUAUUCGGCCAAUGAUGCCAUUGGCAAGGUUUAUAUCAAUUUACAUCCUUUAUUACUGCCGGGUGUUCCUCCACCAGUUAAGAAUAUUUGGACGUUGGAAGCUUCUAUGAAUACCAGUAUGACUUCUCAAGGAGGGUCAGUUAUGACUGGUUGGCUUCCAGUGUUUGACACAAUGCACGGGAUAAGGGGAGAAGUCAACAUUAUUGUCAAAGUAGACUUAUUUUGUGAUUUCAACAAAUUCAAGCAAUCUUCGUGUGGGGUUACGUUUUUUCACUCUUCUAUUGUGCCACAUGGGUAUCACGCCCAGGUAAUACAUGGGUUCAUAGAAGAACUUGUUGUAAGCGAUGACCCGGAAUACAAAUGGAUCGAUAAAAUAAGAACCCCAAGAGCGUCAAAUGAAGCGCGACAAAUGUUGUUUAUGAAGAUAAGUAAUGAGGUGCAAAGAAAAAUUGGUCUCAAAGCUUUGGAUCUCGGAGGGAACGCCGUCAUAGGGUACAUUCAAAAUUUAGAUCUCGAGGGAGAAUCUGGAGUCGUUGCCAGAGGCAUUGGCACCGUCGUCACACUUCUCAAGCUUCACGAUUUUUCGACUCUCCCGAACGAAGCGACCGCAACAGAAGAGCUUGAUUCGUCGAGUGUAAAAACUAACAGAGCACUACCAUCCUCCGAUUGUUCAGAGUCAGAGAGCAGUCCCCGCUUGCCACCUCGACACCCGCAUCAUCCUCAACAUCACCAUCACCACCAUUACAACCACCACCACAACCAUCACCACUCCAGCAAUCUCGCCCCUGUAAACAACAACAACAAUGGCAACGGUACCACGGCCCCCCAAACGAUCCUCGGCAACAAAUUCCCCCUGUACGGUGACAACGUCCCCCUGCAACCCAUCACGCCGUUGAAACUCGUCGAAGCCAAGAGCAUCCCACCGCGCCAGCCGUCCGUCCAAUCUUGGACGAGCUCGCGCCGCAACUUGGACUCGAGCUUGUCACUAGCCGACGAUUUCCUCGAGCUCGAGAUCCAGCCUCAGGCUGUCGGUCGGUUCUCCCGUGGCUUCAGGAACCUGAAACACCUGGCCAAGCGCGGCAGGUCCAAGACAGACUCGCUCGACGAAGAGAGCGACCUCGAGAGCUCUUGGUCCAGCACGUGGUCCAUCGGCUCGGACUCGGCACGCUCGUCUUCCAUGUCCGACUUUCAGCUGACGUCCAUGAGGAAGAAAAGAUUCACGCACAGGAAACAGACUGGCGAGAGUAUGGCCGCUAUGCUCAUCAGGUCCGUCCACGUGGGCGGUGGACUGCCUCUCGACAUCGUCAAGGAGGAUCGAGAGACACCGACUCCGUCGCCGGACAAUUUUAUAGAUGGGGACGACUUGGUACUCGGGGUCUUGCCGAUUACUGAGAAAAGCGAGGAAGACGAAGAGCCUCUGGUAGAGGUAGCGAAAGAAGCUCCUGACGAGAAGGAGAGCAAGACCCUUCUGGUGAGCUACAGCAAACUGAAGGUGCCGGAGGAAGAGACGGAGGCACCGAUUCCCAUGAUCUCGUCCUCGGAGUCGGAUACCUCGAGUUCAGAGGAGGAGGAAGAGGACGAGCCCUCGGAAUCAAGUACUAAUUACAAUAUACUCGACGACACGCUGUCCCUUUUAGAUCCUAGCUCGUCCCCCGAGCCUGACAGCUGCGAGCCGAUGAACACGCCGUUGCUGCUGAGUUUACUUGCUUCUUCCUCGCAACAAGUGCCCAACGAAGCAGCAACUACAGAAGAAAUAACUCGACUGAUCGAAGAGGCCGCAACAGACAAUAACCAGCUGGUCAGAGAAAAAGAAGAAACUUCCGUACUGAUAGACAUCGGAAAAAGCUCAGAGCCACAAGCACCCCCGCCACCGUCAGCCAAAGCGCGCCUGCUCUCGAUAGACGACAUGCUCUCCUCUGAAUUCUCCUCUGAUGUCGACUCCGACCUGCCCGUGAGCGCCAUCCCCAACGACUAUCGCUUGAAGCGAAACAGAAAACACACCUCGCCCUCCAAGGUCCCCAAAAUCGCGCAGAAACAUCUACCAGAACCUUCAACUUUAUCACUAGCGGCUGUACCGAAAAUCGCAACUGAAAAGUCGAAAGCCGUCAGCCCGGAAAAGUCACCCAAGAGCGUCGGCCUCAAGUCCCCGAGGCACCGGCUGCACAAGCAACUGUCCAUCGUACAGGCGGAUGACGAGGACCUUUCGGAAUCCUCGGAAGAGGAGUACAUGCCAAAGAAGCGCCCGCCCCCCUUGAAACUCCCGGAGAUAGUACCGUCGAGUAGCUUGGAUGACGACCACCACGCGACUAGUCGGGAACUAUCGGUGCCGAGUCCGACGAUCGAUCCACGAUCAAAGUCCCCCCGCCGAGUGGAGCGCACCGACACCGUCAUCUACAAAGGACCGAAAGAAAAAAACGCGGAGCAACCGCUAUCGCCGGUCUCUCCCACCGGUCGCGACACCAACCACCUCAAGGUGCCGAGCGUCAACCUGAAGGACAUUGUACCGAAAAGCCCCUUCCCGGUCGCCGUCGAGUCCAAGAGCGCGUUCAUCUUCCCGGAGGACAACGAGGUAGCCGAGAUGCUGGCCCGCAAGUUUCGCCAGUCGUGCAUGCUCGAGCUCAUCCGGACGAUAGACACGCGCAUGCUGGCGCACCACAACUCGGAGUCGACUCGCCGGCGCAAGCACCUCGCCCUGGUCAAGAACAACAACCAGACGCCCUCGCCCGACUCGAGCCGGCACCACCAACAGCCAAGACGCCGAUCCCGCUCCAGAUCCCCAGAGUCGUCCUCGUCGCCCCGGCACCACCACUACCACCACCAUCACUCGCCGCACUCGUCCUCCCUCCACCACCCUGGCAGGAGCCACCACGAGUCCUCCGAGAGCAUAGCCGAGCGGCCGCCCCGUAGUCCCAGUCUCGAGCCCAUGGCCGAACCACUCAGAGCCCUCGCCCAAGCCAAGCCCGACAACCACCACCACCACCACCACGUCAGCCACGCGAUACCCCCCGCCGAGAGCGACUCCCUAGAGAUGCAUGCGCUGCGCUCCCGCGAGAGCUUUAAAAACCCUGGCCGACCCGUAGUUACCUCCACGUCAGCUCCCAUCUCUUCUACCACCGCCACUAACGCAAAUGCACCCAGUAACGAGACUAAUGUCACGACUGACUCGGCUAACAAUGUGUGUGUGCUGUCCCGUACACCGUCCACUCGUAGGCAGCAGGUCCAGCCAGUCCAGUCUCAGGACAGCCAAGCUACCACCUCGGCCAGUCCGACUGGCGGUCAGGCUCAGCAGCAGCAGCAGCCGCACGUCAAGGCCACCCAGUCGCCGAAAAACCCACCGGGGAUUCCCCUGCAUCGCAGGUCCAGCGACUCGGACCUCAGCAUCACGCCCAAAGGAAACUCGUUGACGGGCAGCGAUCGCUCGGCCGGUGGUUACUUGAAGCCCUCGAGUGCCGGGGUCGUGCGGACGAUGAAUCAAGAGGCCCUCGAGAUGCUCGAGUACCCGUUCAUAACGAUGCAACAGUACCCGCCCGGCUUUGUCCUCCACAUAGGUGGAUACGUGAGCGCGAGGUCGGUCAAGCUGUUGGAGCGCAUCAGCAACUUGGAAGAGCCCGAGGGCCGUGACUCCUGGUGGACGGAGAUACGGAUGGAGGUGCGCUCGCACGCGCGCGCCCUGGCCUGCAACGUCGUGAUCGGUUACCGCGAGGAGACCAGCAUCAGCGAGGACGUGUGCGUGUUGAGCGGUACCGGGACGGCUGCGGUGAUAAACCUCCACAGUACGGGCCAGGACCAGGACAACGUGCUGAUAACCCACGUCCAGGGACAGAUGACGGCCUCGAUGGAUUCGGACAAGUUGGCCGGCGCGGUGGCUCCUGAGAAGCGCAGCGGGCCAAAGGACGCGUCCGAGGUUGCGAGCGUGGUCACCGCGAAUUCCGUCUCCAACAGCCAGCAGUUGCCGAUUUGUAUGCCAGCUUCGGCUGCCGAUCCGGCGACCAGAUCGGCCAAGCAGCGACACACCUCCGAGAGCAACGAGCACGAGCCCGUUUAUCCGCUCAACUGUGGCGUUUGUCAUUUGCCGUACAACAAGAGCAGCAUGAAGUUCCAGGUGAGCGUGUCAAAGUGCGCCAUGUGCCGGCGAGCCAAGGUCCCGGACGUCCUGAUGUCGACCGUCGAGCUGCCCGACAGCAUCCCGAUGACGGGUCGAGGUUCCCUGAUGCAGGCGACGGUCUGCCGCCCGAAGAAGGACCUUCGCGGUGAACUCAACGCCAAAGAGAUCUCGGACUGUCUGCCCUUCCUCGAGUACGAGCUCUACAGCCUGCUGAUCAACAAACUCCGGGUGCGCGGCAUGAACGCGGCCUUUGGUCUCCGGGUGCAGGUGUCGAUCGGCGAGCGCUUCGUCAUCGGCAUGGCCGUAGGCACGGCCGUCUACUUGACGGCUCUGCCGCCACCCUCGAUGCCACAAAUAGCCACGGACUCGCUCAACAACGAGGGUAAGGUUUCCGAGAUGCAGAGGAGCCUCGUCGACGCUGUCAAGAAGAACAUGGAGUUCUACCAGCUCAAGCCUCUGCCGGACGUGGAAAACGGGCGCUCGAUGUCGGACACGGACGAGUCGGAGGAGGAACUCCCGGAGUUGGAUCUCGGCCUUGGCAUGAAGGACGUGUGCGUGCUAGAGGUGGACGACGUCGAGGACAUGGACCGUAUCAAUUUGCUGAUUGACGAGAGGCCGCCAAACGAUUUCCACGUGGUGAACACGGAGACGAUACCGGGGCUCGAGGAUCUCGAAAUCGUUCGCAACCUCCAGAUGUUCAUACAGGUCUCGCGAGCGAAAAUCCCAGCGGGCCAGGCCACGUCGAUGCCGUCCAAAUACUUUGCCAAACUGCUCCAGACGGUGUACUACAAACUGAGGCGUAUGGUGCCGUGUGCUCUGUGCGAUUUUCAGUUCAAGAUCAUCAUGCCCGAGCAGGACGAGAUCCAGUUGACUCUCGUCGGUAUGGCCCUUGGCCUUGGCGAGCCGACCCGGUUCAACAAGUACCACAGGCGACUGCUUUCCCACUCCCAGAGCAAGGAUCAGGUCAAAAAAAUCCACGACGACGGUGACAUGAUAUUCAGCCUUGACGAGGAUCAAGCUGAGAGUCAGGUCGCAACGCAAAGUGUACAGUCGUCGAUGUUUGGCAUGGGCUCGGUGCACAAGCCUCGACCGCGCUCGCCUCUCAGGCUCAAGCAUACGACGUACAGGCACAAACACGUGCCGCUGAAGGAAAGGUACGGGGUCGACAUUACUCCUCUGUCUUAUCUGCCUGGGGGGAGGAUCGAGAGGUACUUGGGCAACUUGAACUUCUUCUUCAUCAGGGAAUCCAACUCCAUUCGAGAGAGCGGGGGUCUCAGUGGCUUUAUUCACAAUUUCGUCACCGAAGUGCUGGCAAUAGUUCGUGCACACAUCACUGCACUUGGUGGCAACGCGAUGGUCGCUUUUUUCAUGAACCAGUGUGUCUUGCUGCAUAGUCCUCAUAAAAAUCAGGGUCAGUGCCUGAUAAACGUGGGCGGGGAUGUGGUGAGCGUGUCGUACUUUGGCAACGACAAACAAGCCCAACCACAGCAGCAGCAGCAACAAUCCAUGUCAAGUGCGACUACGACGGGGGUCAGUUGCUGACCACAACUGCCACCAAACUCCGCGCCCCCUUAGCCCAAGCUUGGUUUCCGAGCUUUUAGAAUUUUUGAGCCAUGAAUCAAUCGUAAUAUUAGUAAUUUGUAUGGACUUUUUUUUUUUUUUUUUUUUUUUACUGAUCUUGGAUUUGGCGAAAGAACGAAUCUCAGUGCUCCCAAAGAUAAGUGUUCGUUUAAUGCCGAAGCAUCUGUAAAUUACAAGGUAAUUUUUAUUGUCUACUUUUGUAUACGUGUUGAAAAACAGUUACGAGAAAAUGACGGUAUUCGGACAUGGUCCUGUUGCACGUUGUAAAAAUGUGUGAGCGCACAAAUAUCGAACCCGUCAAAGUAAAUCAAGAAAAGCUUACUCCUAAUCGUGGAUGUGCACGUUUAUUGAAUUUUUAAUAGUUAUUCAGCAUCCAAACCAAUUGCUGUUCAACUAUUAGGAACAAUUAUUUGCGUAAGAAAAAUGUCAAAAACAAGGAUUAUCUUUGCUGACAUUUUCAAAAAGUUUUAACAUUGCAGCAUCUCUCCUGCAUACGUACAAUUCAGAAAAAGUGCGUCAACUGUUCCCAGCAAAUUUUGUUUUUCAUGCAUGUAUAUUUUAGGUAGCGGCUUUGAGAGCUCCUGUGCAAGACACACCCCAUAAUCAAACAAAUAAUUAAUUCAUGUGUUCAUUGAAUAACUUGUCGUUCAUCCCUCUUUUCCGACAUAUAGUGACAAUGUUUUCUGACUCGUCGUUUAAAUAUACUGAAAUAACAAUCAAAUAUUCGAAACAUCCAUAUGUGAGUAUUCCGUAAGGAUGCCUCCUCUUACAAGAAUCCAUACCUUGUUGGCAGGUACUUAUCAAACAGUUUAGUCUCCCUGAAAAACGCCCAAUCUCCUCACCGGCAAGGCUGGCGCUUUGUGCCGUAGCAUCUCGGAUCAGCUAAGCUUAUAAUUUUCUUAAACUAAUGACUAUACAGUACUUACUGCUGUUUCGCACUCCGCUCAGGCUUUUUACACCUGUGGGACAAGGGGGGACUCGAAACCACCCUGAAGGAAAAUUCAGGAAAUAAAUGCGCUCCGAAACAACCAGUGUCUGCUUAGUACAAUUUUUUCUAACAAAAAAACAAAAAAAAAUUCUUGACCUCUAGAAUAUAGGCGUAUUGUGUUAUUAUUGAAAUCAAAAGUCAAUGUUGCAUAAUUACUCAUAACUUUACAAAAUUUUCUCAAAUAGCAAAGCAAUAGGAACAAAGUAAAAGCAAAACAAUUGCCGCGGCGCUUCCUUUUCAAUGAUCAAAGUUCGAUACUAGACUACGCACGACUAGUACAAUCACAUCUAAAAUGCAUUUAUUACACGCACGUGUAUUGUAUUGGGUUUUCAUCUCAGAAAGUACACGCAUAAAAAACAAUGGAGGGUCUUUAAUUCACUUAGCAUCAGCAAAGUGUUGUUGUUUUUUUUUAAGAAUGAACGCUUGCAACUAUUGGCGUUAAUUAAAUGCUAUAGAUGCAAAUGUUGGCGGCGCGAGUGGUGCGCGCGGGAAAUUCCAGUUCAAGGAGAACUGUAGUCUACUACCGACUUGGUUAUCAAAACGAGCACCGAGUUUUCCCUAAAAGCUUUACCUACUUGCGUUGAAAAGUUUAAAAAAAAAAAAAAAAAAAGACUAGUGAUUGUUUUUAGAUGGUAUAGUUGUUUACUUGAUGCUGCAAGAGUAGGUACUGUUCUACUGAUAUGAUGAUUUUUUAGUUUUGAAGUAAUAAUCUCAAGGAAUUUAUUGCAAUACUAAUUGCAAGUGCGGACAAGACGUGAUCUAGUAUAUAUACCUGCAUCAUUAUAGGAAUAAGUUAACUUGAUGAAUCUCCUGAAACAAUUUGUAAAUAGUUGAAUUUUGGAAAAGUUGAGUGAUAAAUACCGAUAUCGUGGUAUUGAAAAAUAAAUCCGACGUUGGCAGUCGCGCAAAUUUACGAUAUUCUUGUCAUAAAACGAGAAAAAAAAAAUGUUGCUAGCUUUAAUAGUUUGUUUGAUAAAAAACGUUGUAGCGACUAGACAAAUCUUAAAAUGUUAAACAUCGCUCAAACCGAUGUUAGCGUGAUCUGUUUUUUUUGUAUUAUUAAUAUGCUUUUUCUCAUCAGAAAGGAUUGUUUUACGUGUACAUACAUACCUCGUCAUUACCUUUUAAAUAAUAAUAAAUAUAUUUAUUUUGACGUACGUGCAA